GAAGCUCUCCAAUAAUGAAGUCACAAAGCCAUAAGCCAUGGAAUCUAGUCGCCGGAAUCUUCUUUCCGAUCAUCACUUUCUUCCUCUCGGCUCCUCUUGUCGGCCACGCCUUGUAUCUCUUCUGCAUGCGUAACGACCACGUUUACUACCGCGACUUCCAAAGUACGUUACCACGUGUACAAACACUCGUCAGCGUCUCUCUCCUCGCCUUGUUCCUCCUUAGCAACAUCGGUAUGUUUCUCCGACCACGACGGCUCAGCUACUUCCUAGUUAUUGUCUUCUUCAUAGGUUUUGCUUACUCCGGUGUGUACAAGAUGGAAAGCCGGCGGUUUUCUCCGACACCAAUGUGUUUCAAGGGAGAAUAUAAUAAUGGACAAGGAGAACGUAAAACAGAACAAUAUCAAGUGGUUAAGAUAGAACAAAGUCAAGGACGCUUGCAAAGAGUUCACUUGCGGUUUGUCAACAGCUAUGCCUUGCCACCGUAUGAUAGAAGAUUGUUACCAUCUGUUAAGACUGGAUGCUGCAAUCGGCCAGGGAAUUGCAAACUAGAGACGGUCAAUGCAACAUUGUGGGUUACAAGAAAUCGUGAAGGACCACCUUUGGAAACGGCAAUGAUCUAUGAUCGUUACGGUGGCAAUGCAGACAUAAAGGAUUAUUACGAUAUGUGGAGACACGAGUUAAGUGUGUUGUACUAUGAUUGUAUGACUUGUCAGGUUAGGAUCAUUAAGUCUCCAAGGCUGCGCAAAUGGUGGCAGUUCGGUGUUUUCUUAUCUUCCCUCACCUCUUUGUUUAGAUAGAUCACAAAUUCAUAGAUGAUUUUGAUCGAAUAGAUUAGCGAUUUGGUUCAAGAGAGUUGUUAUUUUUUCGUCUUUAGAAUAUAUAUAGAUCAAUAAAAAAAAGGUUAC